GCUGAUUUGAGAGCCCCAGACAGACAUUUGAAAAGGUUUGUGGAUGGCUCCUAGAAGAUACUGAUUGCUCCCAAGGAAGUAUUUUUUUUCUGGGUUUCCUACCAUAUUGUCUCCCAGUCAACCAUGAACCAGCCAGACCCUGCCAAUGACCCGGACCCCAGCCGUGAACCCCUGUGUGUGGUGUGUGGCCAAGUCCACUCCUCUGAGGAAAACCACUUCUACACCUACACGGAAGACGUGGACGACGACCUCAUGUGCCAUAUCUGCCUGCAAGCAUUGCUGGACCCCCUGGACACUCCCUGUGGACAUACUUACUGCACACUCUGCCUCACCAACUUCCUGGUGGAGAAGGACUUCUGCCCUGUGGAUCGCAAGCCUGUGGUUCUGCAGCACUGCAAGAAGUCCAGCAUCCUGGUCAACAAGCUCCUCAACAAGCUGAUGGUGACCUGCCCUUUCAAGGAGCACUGCUCUGAGGUGUUGCAGCGCUGUGAUCUCGAGAAUCACUUUCAAACGAGCUGUAAAGGUGCCUCUCACUAUGGCCUGACCAAAGACAGGAAGAGGCGCUCACAAGAUGGUGGUCCAGAUGGCUGUGCGAGCCUCACAGCAACGGAACUCUCCCCAGAAGUUUCCGCAGCUGCCACCAUCUCUUCAACGACAGACCAGCCAGGCAUAGACAACCCUGCCUAUGUGUUCACGGCGGAGGAUGGCCAGCCAGCAAACAGCCCACUGGACCCUGGCCGGAGCAACCGAACUAGGACACGGCCCUUUGAGCGAUCUACUUUCAGAAGCAGAUCUUUUAAGAAAAUAAAUAGAGCUUUCAGUAUCCUUCGGAGGACAAAGAGUGGAAGUGCAGUUGCCAACCAAGCAGACCAGGGAAGGGAAAAUUCUGAAAACACCACUGCCCCUGAAGGCUUUCCAAGGUCGUACCACCUGAUUCCAGAUGGUGAAAUUACCAGCAUCAAGAUCAAUCGAGUGGAUCCCAGUGAAAACCUCUCCAUUAGGCUUGUGGGAGGCAGCGAAACCCCACUGGUCCAUAUUAUUAUCCAACACAUUUAUCGAGAUGGGGUGAUUGCCAGAGAUGGCCGAUUACUGCCAGGAGACAUCAUUCUAAAGGUCAACGGGAUGGACAUCAGCAACGUACCUCACAACUAUGCCUUGUGCCUCCUGCGGCAGCCCUGCCAGGUGCUACGGCUCACGGUGCUUCGGGAGCAAAAAUUCCGAAGCAGGAACAAUGGACUGGCACUAGACUCCUAUGGCUUCCGGGAUGACAGUUUCCAUGUAAUUCUCAACAAAAGCAGCCCUGAGGAGCAGCUGGGAAUAAAGCUGGUGCGCAAGGUAGAUGAGCCUGGGGUGUUCAUUUUCAACGUGCUGGACGGUGGCAUGGCGGACCGACACGGCCAGCUGGAGGAGAAUGAUCGUUUGUUAGCCAUCAAUGGACACGACCUUCGAUAUGGCAGCCCAGAAAGCGCGGCUCAUCUGAUUCAGGCCAGUGAGAGGCGCGUCCACCUGGUUGUGUCCCGCCAGUUUCGACAGCAGAGCCCUGACAUCUUCCAGGAAGGGGGCUGGAACAGCAACGGCAGCCGUUCCCCGGGGCCUGGGGAAAGGAGCCACACUCACAAGUCGCUCCACCCUGCAGUCACUUGUCAUGAGAAGGUGGUAAGUGUCCGAAAAGACCGCAGCGAGUCCCUGGGCAUGACCGUGGCCGGGGGAGCAUCACAAAGGGAAUGGGAUUUGCCCAUCUAUGUCAUCAGUGUUGAGCCUGGAGGCGUCAUAAGCAGAGACGGAAGAAUAAAAACAGGUGACAUUCUGUUGAAUGUGAAUGGAAUUGAACUAACGGAGGUCAGCCGGAGCGAGGCAGUUGCAUUACUGAAAAGCACAUCCUCAUUGGUGGUACUCAAAGCUUUGGAAGUCAAAGAACAGGAGCUCCAGGAAGACUGCAGCAGCCCAGCAGCCCUGGACUCCAACCACAACACGGCCCCACCUGGCAAUUGGUCCCCAUCCUGGGUCAUGUGGCUGGAAUUACCACGACACUUGUGUAACUGUAAAGAUGUUGUACUACGAAGAAACACAGCUGGAAGUCUGGGCUUCUGCAUUGUAGGAGGUUACGAAGAAUACAAUGGGAACAAACCUUUUUUUAUCAAAUCCAUUGUUGAAGGAACACCAGCAUACAAUGAUGGAAGAAUUAGAUGUGGUGACAUUCUUCUUGCCGUCAAUGGUAGAAGUACAUCAGGAAUGUUACAUGCUUGCUUGGCAAAGAUGCUGAAAGAACUUAAGGGAAGAAUUACUCUCACUAUUGUUUCUUGGCCUGGCACUUUUUUAUAGAAUCAGUGAAGUCAUAGAAAAACAGAAAAUCACAAAUAGGCCAAUUAAGUUGAAACAAUAUAUUUAUCUUGUGAAUUUUUAUAUUUAAAGAAUACACUGUAAAAAUAUAAAUGUUAAAGUCAGGAAAAGUAUGAGCUCAUGAAAGCCAAAUACACCUCAGAAAAAGUAACUCUCAAAAAAUGAAAACUACUACUAAUAGUUUUUAUUCUAUGUGGAGGAGGAUUUCAUCACUCCACAACUUUACGUUUAUAUUUUUCUAUUCAAUAAAAAGUCCUUAAACAGCUGAAAUGGUUUGCAUGCCCCACUGAAUUCCAAUCAUACAAUUAAAUUAAGAAACUGGUAUAUGCUGAGGUCUGCAGAGGGUGCAUUAUGGGCAUUUAAAAAAUAAUUUAAAGCCAGAGGAUUUUAAAAGUGCAUUACUGAAAAAUGUUCCUUUCAUCAAAUAAGAAUAAAUAUUUUUCAAAAACUAUAGCUGUCUUUAACGUAACAGUCAUUAAGUUCUUUUCUACUGUCACUAUUUAAAAAGAUCCUAGUAAUUCAUUCUCUCAAAUACCAUGUUACCUAUUACUAUCACAGACAAACACCUCCUAGGGUUAUCUCUAAAAAUACUCACAGAAUUAUAAACUUGCAUUUUCUCAGUUUUGACAAGAAACGACUUAUAUAAAGCACUUGCUAUUAAGUUUAUUUUUCUUCACAAUAUAGCUUGUAACUGUAUAAACAACUCCACAUACUGUUUUACCAACGAGCCUUGGAAAAAGCUUCAAGGCAGGCCAAACCAGCUUCACUCUGAAUGGCCAUGAGGAGAUUCAAAUUUGUCUCACAGUGACCAGUGUUUGUACAUAUACCUGCUAGGAACUACACCAAGGAUGAAUUAUUUCACACAGGCCACCAAAACGCUUUUAUAGAUUUUAUUAAUUUGGAUAUAAAAGUGCCCCAUCUAGUUUCACCAGAAACCCAAAUUUAGAACACUAAAAACCUGCUAUGAAAAAGUUGUGAUAUCAAAAACAUGUACAAGUCCUUUAAUAUGCUGAGCAAGAGUGCCACCACAGUAACGAUAAAGACUAGCUUUAAUCUCUAGACUCAGAGGUGCCUUUGGAUACCUUUUACCAUGCACCCUGUUAGGAGACUGGUCUUUGAUUCACUCAAGGAAACUAUGCCCAAGGUAGAGCCUAGACCUU